AUGAGUAGAAAACCUUUCCUUUAUACAGGAUUUUGUAGCACACUGGCCGAAACUGGUGGGAGAAGAGUGGUCAACGCAGUUUAUAAAAAUGCUGAACUAGAGAUGUGGCGAUGUAAGGAGAUGCGCAUAAAAAUACAAAUGGUAGAAGGUGCCUUUGAUGCUUGUACUAUGACAUCUCUUCUCGGGUAA